AUGUCGAGCGUCGCUUGGAGAACAAUUUUUGCCACAUCCGUCUUUUCAUCUUUUGCCCUCGUUCGAUAUGUGCCAGAGCUCCUGCCCAGUCCUAAACCGACAUUUAUAGCAACCUUCGCUCAGAUUUGGGCAGCACAAGUCACAAUAUGGGUACUGUGGAAGGUAUUCCUAAAGCCGAAGUACCUGUCGCCAUUGAAGCAUCUUCCUGGGCCUAGCGGAGGAUCUUUUUGGAAUGGGCAAUUUAGGAUGGUUUAUGGCCUCGGGACGGGCGAAGCAGAAGCCAAAUGGAUGGAAUCUGUCCCUAAUAACGGGUUUAUUCGAUAUCUAUCGCAACUCAACCAAGAACGUCUCAUUGUAACAUCUCCCACCAUCAUUGCCGAGAUAUGUAUGAGAAGCUACGAAUUUAUUAAGCCUCCCGUACUUAUCCUCCUGGCCGGACGACUACUCGGAAUAGGCCUUGUUCUUUCUGAGCGGGACCAGCACAAGAGACAACGCAAAAUGUUCUUGCCAGCUUUUGCGCCCAAGCAUAUCAAGGAACUGUAUCCGACUUAUUGGGCAAAAGCGAAGGAAGUAACUGCAAAGCUAACAGACCAUCUACGCCACAACGAUUCUGCUUUCGAAGUAGGCCAUUGGGCAUCGAGGUCGGCCUUAGAUAUCAUCACUCUGGCGGCCUUCGGCAAAGAUUUUGGCGCCAUUCAGGAUCCGGAAUCUCCUCUCAGCAAGGUCUAUCGGACUGUUUUGACACCUACUAGAGGUUUCCUGAUAUUGACUAUGCUAAAAAUACUUGUUCCGGCAUGGAUUGUUGGCCUGAUACCCGUUAAAUACAACACCUACCAAGAUGAGGCAGUCAAAACGAUCCGGAGAACUUGCCGUGAGGUUCUUCACGAGAAGAAGCACAAGCUUGCAAACAAGUCACUCGAAGACAAGGACAUUCUCAGCGUCUGCCUCAAAUACGAAGAGGUUGCGCAUGUAGAUGAGGAAGCAGUGAUCGACCAGAUGACAACCUUCCUUGCAGCGGGCCAUGAAACAAUUGCCGUCGGCAUCACUUGGGCCAUUUACAUGCUCUGUGUACACCCCGAGUGGCAGUCUCGGCUUCGAGACGAAGCUCGCACAACCAUCUCACCUCCUACUGGCAAUAGUCAAGUCACAAGCACCGACGUGGAAAGAAUGCCGUACCUGCAAGCUUUCUGCAACGAAGUCCUCCGCUGGUAUCCGCCCAUUCCUGCCACCAUGCGGGAAGCCACCGCGGACUGCGUCUUGGACAAUCAGUUUAUUCCUAAGGGAACGCGUCUUUUCAUUUCUAUCAAAGGCAUGAAUCGUGAUGAGCGUUUUUGGGGACAUGAUGCCAAACUUUUCAAGCCGGAACGCUGGCUCGGCCCAGAUAACCGCUUGGACGCAAUAGGCGGGUGUAAUACCAAGUACGGCUAUCUGUCGUUUAUGCAGGGCCCGCGCAACUGCGUGGCACAGGCAUUUUCCAAGGCCGAAAUGGCUUGCAUGGUCGGAGCUUGGAUAAGUCGAUUCGAGUUCCGACUUGAUAAUGAAAAUCUGUUGGACGAGACCAAGAUGGAAAUCUCAGGUGGUAGUUUCUCAGGGAAGCCAUUACAUGGGCUUCAUGUGAAAGCAAGGAUUUUGGAGGAUUGGUAAAUGAUACUUUGGACAAAUGAGUUAGCAUGUAGUUAACAAGUAUAUCGCCG